AUCGCAAUAAAAAGCAGUAGCAAUUGCCGCUGCUCUUUCUGUUCUUCUCUUCUAUUUCUCCCUUCUCCGUAUUCCUUGUGCUGAACCACUGUCUUAUGAACUCGUAGGGGGUCUUCCCAACUGCCAGACAUGGGGGAUGCUGGAGAAAUUCAACUACAAAUCAGAGGAGCUCAAGAACAAUCAAGCCUCCAUCAAGAUGCAACUGCCAGCAACCAACCACUGAAACCAUACUCCAUGUUUAAACAAUGGCGGUGGUGGCUCAUGGUGGCUCUCAAUAUCUUCUUCCUCCUUGCUGGCCAAACGGUGGCCACCCUUCUCGGGAGGCUCUACUACAAUGAAGGUGGUAACAGCAAAUGGAUGGCCACACUUGUCCAAUCUGCAGGCUUUCCAAUCCUCUUCCUUCCACUUCUUUUCUUCCCUUCAUCCUCGUCUACCACCUCCUUUGCCAGUCCCCCCAUCACUAAGAUUGCAUUCAUAUACAUCUCUUUAGGCCUCAUUGUAGCAGGGGAUAACUUAAUGUACUCCUAUGGCCUCUUGUACCUGCCGGUCUCGACCUACUCCCUCAUAUGUGCUACUCAACUGGCUUUCAAUGCAGUCUUCGCCUACUUUCUCAAUUCACAAAAGUUCACUCCCUUCAUCUUCAACUCUGUCAUACUCUUAACAUUCUCGGCCGCUCUCUUGGGGAUCCAAUCCGAUUCGGAUGAUUCCACAAAUGUUCCUAAAGGGAAGUAUCCACUAGGAUUUGUGUUGACACUAGGAGCAUCAGCCACCUACUCACUAAUCCUCUCUCUAAUGCAGCUCACCUUCCAAAAGGUUCUGAAGACCGAGACAUUCUCUGUUGUACUGCAGAUGCAGAUUUGUACAUCGUUCGUUGCAAGCAUAGCCUCUGUGGUAGGGCUGUUUGCCAGUGGAGAGUGGAGGGAGUUGCAGAGGGAGAUGGAUGGGUUUGGGAAGGGGAGGGUGUCAUAUGUGAUGACAUUGGUUUGGACUGCAGUGGCUUGGCAGGUGGCCUCUGUGGGGGUAGUAGGUUUGAUUUUUGUGGUGUCCUCUCUAUUCUCUAACGUGAUCAGCACCUUGGCUCUACCUGUGGUGCCAAUCUUUGCUGUGAUCUUCUUUCAUGAUAAGAUGGAUGGAUUGAAGGUCUUGGCCAUGUUGAUUGCUAUUUGGGGGUUCAUUUCUUAUAUUUAUCAGCACUAUCUUGAUGACAGCAAGUCCAAAAGGGCCACUAGAAGUGAUACCAAGUAUGGGUCAAGUGUCUCUAUACCUCCAUAGAAAAAUAGAAGGUCACCUUUAACUUUCUUCUUCUCUUAGGUAUGAGUUGGUUGGCUGUCUUCCUAUCUUUCACUCAUGUCAAUCAGUGAUUUAUGUAUUCAAAGAAAGAUGCAUAUGAAUUCUCUCAAAAGGAAGAUAUAUGAUACUGUUCUUUGUGUCAUAAGUCUCAUUGUUGAUUGGCUUAUAUCUCGGAAGAGCUUAAAACAUGCUUUGAACAUAAAUGUGAAUAUUAUUUUCUACAGUUUAUUUA